AUGUCUGCAUCACUUUUCCAACUGGGCACUUGCGAUACAAUCACUGACCAUCCAAUGUCUGAGGCAUCCGUCAGCAGGACCAUCUCGCUGUCUGGCUUUGGGAACGCCAGGGUAGCCGUGUCAGCCAGAGCCUGCUUCACCGCAUCAUACGCCUCGCAUUCCUGCUCGUGUGUCCUGCAGUGGACGUGCCAGUCGGGCGUAGUCCACAAUGAUGUCUCUCAUCCAGUUCCUUUUAUUCGCUCAGGGUCAUGCUUCACACCUUCACCAUCUAUCAACUUUCCACACCAUUUUACUUCACGCUUGUACACGCAGGACUUGGCUACACUUAGCUUGAAACCGAAUUUCGCCGUGAGCUGUAGCAGUUCCUGCAAUUUGUCGAGGUACGUGUCGAUAUCCGCAGCAUACAGCAGUAGGUCAUCUAUCCAGACUAGCAGGUGCUUGUAUAACAGCGCCGCAAAGCAUCUCUCGAUCGUUGACUGA